GAUAAAAUUAUGAUAAAAAAUCACUUUCUUCAACAAAUUUGUCCAAGCUGUGAAUAAACGAACGACAUAAGCUUCAAUAAAGUCAUAAAACCAAGUAAUUGAAGAUCAUUAUGGUAAAAAAAAAUCACUUUGAUAUUUUUUAAAAUAUUAGUUUUAAAAUCAAUUACUGUAAAGAUGUUGAACUGAACUCAUCCAAGCUGUAAAUAAAUGAUGUUAAACUGAACUCAUCCAAGCUGUAAAUAUAUGAAGUUAAACUGAACUCAUCCAAGCUGUAAAUAAAUGAUGUGAAACUGAACUCAUCCAAGCUGUAAAUAAAUGAUGUUGAACUGAACUCAUCCAAGCUGUAAAUAAAUGAUGUUAAACUGAACUCAUCCAAGCUGUAAAUAAAUGAUGUUAAACUGAACUCAUCCAAGUUGUAAAUAAAUGAACACAAGCUGCAGAAUUGUAUAAAUAUAAGGAAAGAAUCCAGACAUCAUCACUUUUAACUCACAAUGUCAAAUGCACAGAUGAACGUUAAGUUCAUCACCAACAGAAGAGGGGGACAUAAUCUCACAUUCAAUGGCUACAUUUACCGGUUAAAUCGAAGGACGGACAACAAGAUCUUCUGGAGGUGCACUAAAUCUGGAUGUUCCGCCAGUAUCUCAACAGAGAACGACAUCCCCACAGGUUUUGGACGACAGCAACACACCCAUGCAGCGGACAACACUGAAGUUGUCGCCAAACAAAUUAUGACAGCCAUCUCCAGAAGAUGUACAGAUGAAGUUAGGCCCAUCCCCUCCAUUUUCAGCGAAGAACUCAACAAACUCCGAGACAACGAAUGGGACGACACCAACAGAGAGCUCAUUGAGAGGCUGCCGACUUUCAACACCGCCAGGUCAUCACUCUACAGAGCCCGCAGGAAACAGACACCACCACUUCCAAAGACUACAGCAGACAUCAGACUGGAGGGGAAAUGGACAGAGACAGAGACGGGUCAACAAUUCCUUCUUCUAGAUGACAUCUUCCAGAACAACAGGAUACUUGCGUUUGCGACAACAGACUACCUUCAAGACCUUGCUGCCAGAACAGUGGGUGAAUGGUGACAGACUUAUUUGGAAUCACUUCGGAACCAAUGGACCACGGACCAAUAACAACUUAGAAGCAUGGCAUGGGAAGCUGAAGAGGAUGGCCCUACACGCGCACCCAAACAUCUACACUGUCAUCAAGAUAUUCAAGGACAUCCAGAACAGCAAAGAAAUUCUUCAAAUCCAGAAACAAGCAGGAGGAACCAUUCAUCAACCGACAAAGAAGUAUGCGACCAUCAAGAGGAGACUGCAGACCCUGAAGGAGCGAUACCAAGACGGGAUCAUCGACCUUAUGACCUACGCAGAUUCAGCAUCGGAACUUCUUCAUUUAGGACAUUGACAUAGUGACAGUGAAAGUGAAAGGACAUUAAGGCAGACUCCGUGCCCAAAUUACUUUGUAAAUAUUGUAUAUAUACUGGUAUGAAUUAUACUUUUAAAACUUUAUGAAUUGUUAUUAAUGUUUUAGACAACCAUGUAUUUAUGAGUGUUUUAAAACAGUGCUAUGUGUCCAAAAAAGGACAAUUGUAUAUAAAAUGGUAUGCAAUUUUAAAACAUUUUUUUAAUUUUUUUAAAUUAUAUGUAGUGCAAAUAAAUAAAAUAAAUAUAUUAAAAUUGAGUCAAUGUUUUCUUUUUAUUUAUGCAACAAUUUUAAUUAUAACGACAUUCAAAAAUGACAGACUGUUAUAUUAUUUUUCAUUCAAGGAAUCACAGGUAAAGUCUACCUGUGCCCCUUUAGAAGGCCUCA